UUAUGGUCUGCUGUUCAUAAUUUGAUACACAAACACGUGUGGCCGCACCAGCAGCGAGAGAAGCAGGAUCCGUGGCUUCUCCAAAUCCAUAUGCUUCUUCGUCUUCCUCGACUUUAUCUAGCGGAGAUAAUCUAAGUUGCGAUUUCUAAGCCCAUAAACGCGCUCUCGGCUGCCGCCGUUGGUGAUGGGUUACGCCAAUGAGCUGGUACUGGCUCGACGCCUCAAGGAUCCUCUUAGGAGCCUAUUUGCCCUACCAAGGUCUCAUUUUCAACAAAGCUGCCUGAGUAAGAGGUUUAAUGUUGCAUGCAGCUUCUUCAGCACUCAGGCGGCCAGCACAGCAGGCACUCCACCUCCAACCCCACCUCCGCCUCCGCCUCCAGAAAAAACCCAUUUUGGUGGACUUAAGGACGAGGAUCGCAUUUUCACCAAUCUCUAUGGCUUGCAUGACCCUUUCCUCAAAGGCGCCAUGAAAAGAGGUGACUGGUAUCGGACUAAGGAUUUGGUGCUGAAAGGAUCUGACUGGAUAGUAAAUGAGAUGAAGAAAUCUGGUCUGCGUGGUCGCGGAGGAGCUGGCUUUCCAUCGGGCCUCAAGUGGUCAUUCAUGCCCAAGGUAUCUGACGGCCGCCCUUCCUAUCUUGUUGUCAAUGCUGAUGAGAGCGAACCCGGAACUUGCAAGGACAGGGAAAUCAUGCGACAUGAUCCACACAAACUCAUAGAGGGAUGCUUAAUUGCAGGAGUUGGCAUGAGGGCUACAGCAGCUUACAUCUACAUAAGAGGAGAGUAUGUCAAUGAGCGCUUGAACCUCGAAAAGGCCAGGAAAGAAGCCUAUCAUGCCGGCUUCUUGGGUAAGAAUGCUUGUGGCUCUGGCUAUGAUUUCGAUGUUCACAUUCACUAUGGAGCUGGUGCUUACAUUUGUGGAGAAGAAACUGCUCUAUUGGAAAGCCUCGAAGGGAAACAGGGGAAGCCUAGACUUAAACCACCUUUUCCUGCGAAUGCUGGAUUGUAUGGCUGCCCGACCACCGUCACAAAUGUAGAGACAGUCGCAGUAUCUCCCACUAUACUUAGACGAGGCCCUGAAUGGUUCGCGAGCUUCGGUCGGAAGAACAAUUCCGGUACCAAGCUGUACUGCAUUUCCGGCCAUGUCAACAAACCUUGCACCGUGGAAGAGGAAAUGAGCAUACCAUUAAAGGAACUAAUAGAGAGGCAUUGUGGCGGCGUCAGGGGAGGUUGGGAUAACUUGCUUGCUAUUAUACCUGGUGGAUCUUCCGUUCCUCUGUUGCCGAAGCACAUCUGCGACGAUGUACUGAUGGAUUACGAUGCACUCAAGGCUGUUCAAUCUGGAUUAGGAACAGCUGCUGUUAUGGUGAUGGACAAGUCCACAGAUGUGGUGGAUGCUAUUGCAAGGCUAUCAUACUUUUACAAACAUGAGAGCUGUGGUCAAUGCACUCCUUGCAGGGAGGGAACUGGAUGGCUGUGGAUGAUUAUGGAGAGAUUGAAGGUUGGUAAUGCAAAGAUUGAGGAGAUAGAUAUGCUUCAGGAGGUAUCGAAGCAGAUUGAGGGGCAUACCAUCUGUGCGCUGGGUGAUGCGGCGGCAUGGCCUGUUCAGGGGCUCAUCAGGCACUUCAGGCCCGAGCUGGAAAGGAGGAUACGAGAUAGGGCUGCACGGGAGCUGCUGGAAGCUGCUGCGGCAUAAGCUGGAAGCUGUGUUAGAUUUCUGGAAUUCAAGUCUGUUCAAUAAUGAAAGUUUUUUUCUUA